UAAUGCAAUGACUUUUUCUAUUUUAUCUCCUUUGAGGUUCCUCAAAACUCAAUCCCAUCCAAGUAGAUACAUUUUGUCUUGGCGUGUAUUAAUUCCUGCCCUUUAUGUAGCUCCACUCUUUUCUUCUCAUCCUAUACCAAAACUCCUUCCAUCCGAAUUUCGUUUUCCUCGCAUUUUUAUUUUUUUACGUUUCUUCGAAGAUUUUACAAAAAGAACAAGUGAUAAUGUCAUCACAGAUUUCCGAGUCUGAUCCAGAACAACUCCUACACAAACUCAACAUUUUCAAGAUCCACGGAAAAGAUAAACGCGGCCACAAGAUUCUUCGCAUCAUCGGAAAAUUCUUCCCUGCUCGGUUUUUGAGCGUCGACGUUUUGAACAAGUAUUUGGACGAGUACAUAUUUCCAAGGCUAGGAAAGAAGCCGUUUUCGGUGUUGUACGUGCACACCGGGGUUCAAAGGAGCGAGAACUUUCCAGGUAUCUCAGCCCUACGAUCAAUCUACGAGGCGAUCCCAAUCAACGUCAAGGAUAAUCUCCAAGCCGUUUACUUUAUGCACCCUGGCCUCCAGGCUCGGCUCUUUCUGGCUACCUUUGGACGCCUUGUCUUCAGCGGAGGGUUGUACGGGAAAUUGAGAUAUGUGAACAGGGUGGAUUAUCUAUGGGAGCACGUGAGAAGGAACGAGAUUGAGAUUCCUGAUUUUGUAUAUGAUCAUGAUGAAGAUUUGGAGUACCGUCCGAUGAUGGACUAUGGUUUGGAGAGUGAUCACCCAAGGGUCUACGGUGCACCUGCCCUUGAUUCUCCUUCUGUCUCCAUCUACUCCAUGAGGUGCAUCUCAUAGAUAUAUUAGAUACUACUACUGUUAAUUCUUUUUCUUCUUUGUUUUCGGAUUGAUCUUAGCGUUGAGAUUUGUGAAUAUUUGUGAAAAAAUUUGUGGUAUUAAACCUAUAAGCAGCUGUUUUAGUGCUAAAGAGAAGAAAAAAAUUGGAGAGAUUGUGGGUUUUCCUUCAAUGAUUGUAUUUUAGUUAACAAUAUAAUCUCCCAAUUUUAAUUUCA